GGCAACAAGGAAGGCGAGGAUGAUUUGGGGCAAGACAUGGGUGGAGACUCAGUACAAAAUGAAGAAAUGGAUCAGGGGGAUGAUGAGGACUGGCAUGACAAUGGAGUUGACUCUGGAGGAGAUGAUGAAGAUGAUGAUUUUCAGCAUGGUGAUGGGGAGGAAGGAAAUGAACCAGAUGAUAAUUACCAGGGAUUCAGCCUUGAAGAUGGAAAUCUUCCAAUUUAUCCAGAUGCACCCAUCACCAAGUCACAGAGUCUACUGCUGAUAGUGUCCUAUGUCUUGCGGCAUGGUCUUUCUGAUAGUGCUUUGGAUGAUCUUCUUUCUUCGAUGAAUAUACACUGUCCAAACAGUGUUCUUACAUCAAAGUAUUUGCUGUACAAGAGUGUUGAAGAUUCAAUGUACGAGGUUCACUAUUAUUGCAUGGCGUGCACUGCAUAUCUUGGCCCCGAGAAAUUGACAAGGAAUUGUACAAACUGCGGCAAUGAAUUCAGUGCAGACAUCUCAACUGCAGAGGGUAGUUUUUUUCUCAGGAUGCCCGUCAAAACACAGCUGCAAAGAAUGAUGAAAGUACCAGAAGUGGCAGCUGCCCUUGAAAAUCGAAAUAUUGAUGAAAUCUUGAGAGAAACUAACAUAAAUGACAUUGUUCAUGGUAAACUUUAUAAAAACCUUCUUCAUGAUGGCAUAAUAGGUCCCAGUGACUUGUCAUUAUUGUUCAAUACUGAUGGAGUUUCUAUUUUUAAAUCCUCCAAUUUUUCUGUUUGGCCUUUGUUUGCCACAGUAAAUGAAAUUCCACCACAUAUGCACAGGAAACAUAUGAUUAUGGCAGGCUUGUGGUUUGGAGAAUGUAAACCCAAAAUGAAUACUUUCUUAAAACCAUUUGUGGAUGAACUUAGAGAUUUGGGUGCAGAUGGUUUGCACUCACCUCUUGGCCAAACCAGGAUUUUUGCUCUUUGCCUGUCAGCGGAUGCACCUGCCAGGGCUUUAGUGAGGAAUUCCAAACAGUUCAAUGGGAAGUAUGGAUGCGACUGGUGUAAGCAGGAAGGCACACCAAUACCAAAUGGAAAUUUGUCCUCCCAUUCGUACUUACCCAUAAAAUGGUGAAGCACUCCCAAGAACUGACGAUGAUCAGCGGAGAUUGUCAAUAGAGUCACAGAGAACAGGGAUGUGUCAGCAAGGUGUGAAGGGGCCUUCAGUUGUCAUGCAGUUACCACAUUAUGACUCUGUGAAAGGCAUUUGUUCUGAAUCACAACACACAGCUUUCUUAGGAGUUACUAGACAUUUUGUGGGGACUUGGCUGGAUUCAGCAAACAGAGCAGAGGCAUAUUACAUUG